AUGGCUAUUUCAAAGAUCCACUCCAGAUACGUCUACGACUCCAGAGGAAACCCAACUGUUGAGGUUGAAUUGACCACUGAAAAGGGUACUUUUAGAUCAAUUGUCCCAUCCGGUGCUUCCACUGGUGUCCACGAAGCCUUGGAAUUGAGAGACGGUGACAAAUCAAAAUGGUUGGGUAAAGGUGUCUUGAAGGCUGUUGCCAACGUUAACGACACAAUUGCCCCAGCCUUGAUUGAGGCCAACAUUGAUGUUGCUGACCAAGCCAAGAUUGACGAAUUCUUGUUGAAAUUGGACGGUACUCCAAACAAGGCCAAGUUGGGUGCCAACGCCAUCUUGGGUGUCUCAUUGGCUGCCGCUAAAGCCGGUGCCGCUCAAAAAGAUGUCCCAUUGUACAAGCACAUUGCUGACAUUUCAAAGGCCAAGGAAGGUAAAUUUGUUUUGCCAGUUCCUUUCCAAAACGUCUUGAACGGUGGUUCCCACGCUGGUGGUGACUUGGCUUUCCAAGAAUUUAUGAUUGUCCCAUCCGGUGCUCCAUCAUUCUCUGAAGGUUUGAGAAUCGGUUCAGAAGUUUACCACCACUUGAAAUCAUUGACCAAGAAGAAGUAUGGUCAAUCCGCUGGUAACGUUGGUGACGAAGGUGGUGUUGCUCCAGAUAUCAAAACCGCUAAGGAAGCUUUGGACUUGAUCGUUUCAGCUAUUGAAGCUGCUGGUUACACCGGUCAAGUUGACAUUGCCAUGGAUGUUGCAUCAUCCGAAUUCUACAAGGAUGGAUUGUACGACUUGGACUUUAAAAAUCCAAACUCUGACAAGUCCAAAUGGAUCACUGGUCCACAAUUGGCUGAAUUGUACGAGCAAUUGUUGAAUGAAUACCCAAUUGUCUCCAUUGAAGACCCAUUCGCUGAGGAUGACUGGGAAGCUUGGAGCCACUUUUUCUCCAAGGUUGAAGGUAAGACUCAAAUUGUUGGUGAUGACUUGACCGUUACCAACCCAAUCAGAAUCAAGAAGGCCAUCGAGACCAAGGCUGCUGACGCCUUGUUGUUGAAGGUUAACCAAAUCGGUACUUUGACCGAAUCAAUCCAAGCUGCCAAUGACUCAUACGCUGCCGGUUGGGGUGUUAUGGUCUCCCACAGAUCAGGUGAGACCGAAGACACCUUUAUCGCUGACUUGUCCGUCGGUAUUAGAUCAGGUCAAAUCAAGACUGGUGCUCCAGCUAGAUCCGAGAGAUUGGCCAAAUUGAACCAAAUCUUGAGAAUCGAGGAAGAGUUGGGUGACAAGGCCAUCUACGCCGGUAAGGACUUCCACAAAGCCCACUCUUUAUAA